CUAUUUCCUACUUCAUUCUUCCAUCCGAAGUCCUCAUCCUAAAUUUUCAGUCUAGGAAUCAUGGCGCGUUGCUCCCCGCAGCUGAGGCGCCACUUCUUCUGCUCCGCUGCCAAAUCCGCCUCGAACACCGCCGCUGGCGGCCCCAAGAGGAAGAACAUCGUCUUCUUCGGAUCCCCCCAGGUAGCUGCCUCCGUCCUGGACACGUUGCUGGCUGCGUCCAGCUCCCCCGACUCCGCAUUUCAGGUCGCCGCCGUCGUGACGCAGCCGCCGGCCACCAAGAACAGGGGGAGGAAGCCGCUGCCGUCGGCCGUCGCGCAGCACGCGCUCGAUCGAGGUUUCCCUGGCGACCUUAUCUUUACCCCCAAGCGCGCUGGGGAGGAGUCCUUUUUAUCUGACUUGAAGGAAGUGAGACCAGAACUUUGCAUCACUGCUGCUUACGGGAACAUUCUGCCACAGAGGUUUCUUGAUAUCCCACCAUGUGGUACAGUUAAUAUACACCCAAGUUUGUUGCCUCUAUAUCGUGGUGCAGCUCCUGUGCAGAGGGCAUUGCAGGAUGGUGUUGGAGAAACAGGUGUGUCCCUUUCGUACACUGUCCGUGCCUUGGAUGCAGGUCCAGUGAUUGCUUACGAAAGGCUUUCUGUUGAUGACUUCAUCAAGGCACCAGAGCUACUUGCUAUAUUAUUCAAUAUAGGGUCUAAGCUACUGCUGGAUGAACUACCAUCUGUUCUUGAUGGUUCAGCUAAGCAAAAGGCAAAGCCACAGGAUGAUUCCAAAGCUACACUGGCGCCCAAGAUGAAUUUUGACGAGUCAUGGCUGACAUUUGAUGAAGAAGCUAAACUUCUUCAUAACAAGGUGCGAGCAUUUGCAGGAUGGCCACGAACCCGCGCAAAACUGCAACUCGUGAACCAAAAUGGUGAAACCGAGGCUCUAGACAUUAAGGUUAUCAGUACAAAGGUUUCCACAUCCUGUGACCAAACCGGAGAUGAAAAUGAAGUACUAUUCUCAGGGAACUCACUGCUGAUCCCCUGCAAUGGAUCAACUUGGCUUGAGGUGUUGGAGCUUCAGCUACCUGGAAAGAAGGCAACUACGGCUCGGGGCUUCUGGAAUGGUCUCCGUGGUCGGAAACUGUUGAAAUCACCAUAGAGAGGAGAUAUGCAUUCACUUUACAGCACAUGUGCAAAGGAUGCAAAGCAAAGAGCUGUAUGCCGUGCUUUGUUUAUAACACAUUUCACAAAAAAUUUUGCGCGUGAGUGCAUAGCGAUGGUCUCAACUUGCUAAAUUGUAGUGUUCAUCUGUACUAUUUCCCAACUCAAGGAAAAGAAAGCACAAUCUUUCCUUGAAUGAUGGUGACAGAAUUUGGUUU